GUGCGGGUGAUGCUGCCGCUGGAUUGCGUGGCGAGGACGACGACGAGGACGACGCGGGAGACGCUGGCGAAGGCGCUGCGAAGCGUCGCCGACGCGGGCGCGGACGGCGUCAUGGUGGAUUGCUGGUGGGGGGCGUGCGAGGGCGAGCGACCGAGAGCGUACGAGUGGCGGGGAUAUCUCGCGCUGUGCGAGAUGUGUCGAGACGCUGGAUUGAGCGUGGACGUCGUGCUGUCGUUUCACGCGUGCGGGGACUCGGUCGGGGACGAGGGGUGCGAAAUCGGCUUGCCGGAGUGGGCGCGGGGGGAGCCGGCGAGGGAAAACAUGUACGCCGAUCGACGAGGAAACGUCACUGAGGAAUACUUGUCGCUGUGGGGGGACGAAACGCGGGACGCGCGACGAGGCGAUCGAUCGCCGUUGGAGUGUUAUCGCGACUUCAUGGCGGCGUUUCGCGCGGCGUUCGCGACGUUUUUGACCGGGUCCGCAGACGCGCCGCCGGUGAUUUCGCAAGUCAUCAUAGGUCUCGGGCCGUGCGGUGAACUUCGGUAUCCAUCUUAUCGCGCGGGUGAUGGAUGGCACUUCCCGGGCGUCGGUGAGUUCCAAGCCUUUGACGAGCGCGCGCGCAUGUCCCUGGCGUACGAAGCCGCGGCGUGCGGCAAGCCCGAGUGGGGACGCCACCCGCCGGUGAACGGGCCGAGCUACAACUGCGAUCCGGAGGGAAACGUCUUCUUCGCCGCCGACGGAACGGGGGAUUGGAACACGCCGUACGGUAAGUUUUUCUUGUCGUGGUACAGUCGCGAACUCGUCGCGCACGGUGAGCGCGUUUUGGAACACGCGGUGCGGGAGUUUGACGGCGUCGACGCCUCGCUCGGCAUCAAAUGCGCGGGCGUGCAUUGGUGGCACGGUCACCCCAGUCGCGCCGCGGAGUGCACGGCGGGGUAUUACAACGCCACGCCCUCGCCGCCUGCGGACGGGAACGGCGAUGUGGACAUGGUUUUAGGAUGUGAACCGCGAGGAUACUCGCAAAUCAUCGACCUGUGCGCUCGAUUCGGCGUCGAGCUUACGUUUACGUGCGUGGAGAUGCGCGACGUCGAGCACUCGCCGGAGCACAUGUGCUCGCCCGAAGGCUUGUUGGCGCAAGUUCUGCGAGAAGCGGCCGAAGCCGGAGUGACGGUGAACGGAGAAAACGCGUUGGCGAGAUUCGAUGUCGACGCGUUCGCGCAAAUCGUUCGCACCGACGAUACGAUGAUGACUUCGUCGUCGUCACCCGAUACCGCGUGCGUUCUCGGAUCGUUCACGUACCUGCGGAUGUGCGACGAGCUCUUCGAGCCGCAGAAUUUCGACCGCUUCGCGCGCUUCGUGCGAGACAUG